CUGAUGACAUCAGAGUUUAUAGAGAGAGUAGCUAUUCUGUAGUUGUGGGAGAUGUUGGGGCUGUAAAUGAAAGGAUUGCUAAUCUCGAAAAGAGUGUGACCACCCGAAAGAAAAUUACAGUAGUGGAAAAACAGCUGCAACUGGUUAAAGAAGAAUUUGGUGGAGAAAUUAGUGCAAGUUACCCAGAAGUUAAAAUUUUUGAUCAAAUUAAAUUAAAUGAUUAAAUUGAUCAUUUUAGAGGGGAAGUGCAAAAAGGUGCAGCAAAACUUGAGGAACUAAUGAAAAGGAUAAAGGAAAAGAAAGUUAACCUUCCUUAAGAGUUGCUGACCUUCAUAAAGUCCAGUGGCGCUAUCUCCAAGUACCAGGCUCGGUUUCGACAGAACUUCAGAAAUCCUGUUUCCCUAGAGUUCGAACCAGAUCUGGUUCUGUCCAGUUUGUCCUCAGAUGCACUGGAUGAAGCUUAAGCUGCAAUAAUAAGAGACCUGAUAGUGGACACUGUGGAGCUUCAGGGAGCUGCAGCUGUUCCUCCAGAUGUGGACAGAGUAAAAGAAAUCCUCACCAAAGCAAAGGAUAAAGAAAACUCUGGAGAGUUAAGAGUGGAGACCAUCUUCAUCCCUGGAACAAGUGGAACAUCUGUGACAAAGGUCCAACUUGUAGGAUACAGUGAAAACGUGAUGAAGCUGAAAGAGAUUCUACAUGACUAUCAGAUGAAACCAUGUUGGGACGCAAGAAGUGCUGAUGCUACCACAUCCAGAGCUUGUUAACUGUUUUGAUGAAGUCUUAGACCUGAUUGGUAUGAAGCAGGCAAAUGUGAUAAUAAAAGCCACACGUUUCCCAUACUCUUGUUUGCUUGUGUCUGGUCCCAGUCGACUGGUCCAGGAGGUUCUGCAGAUUUAAAUGCAACUUUAACUAACCUGACAUCAGACACGCUGGUUCUGGAUGGAUCUGGGACACAGCAAUACUUCCAGGGAACAGGGAGACAAGACAAGGAACUAGUAGAGAGGAUCUAUCAGGUCCUCAUCAAGGAACAGCAACAAGGAAAUUCUCAGAGUUCGGCAACCCAGUUACAAUAGAGCAGCAUCUGCAACAUGUCCAGCACCAGAUGGAAAUGCAACACCACUAGCAGCCCAACUCCCCCAGUCAGCAAAACAGACCUAAAGAUCACAACUGGCAGUUUGGAGGAUGAGCAGGUGAAUGUGCUGGUGGCCCCCAUUAUAAACAGGAAGCUUACAUCCACGAAAAUUGGUAAAAGUCUGUUGAGAAAAGGAGGCCAAAUAAUGGAAAGAAACUUUAAUUCGAUGGCAGAAAAGGCGAACUUUUCCCCAGGAGAUGUAAUGCAAGUCAAUGCACCUUCAUCUGUGGGUUGCUCCAAGAUCUUCUUCAUUGAAUGCCUGCCAUGGGAUGGAGUCAUGUGCAGAAGCAUGAAGGCUCUUGGUGAUGGACUGAAGAGGUGUUUGCACCUCUGUGUACAACAGGGCUGGUGUUCAGUGGCAUUUCCUGUUAUUGGACCUGGGGUGGCUUUAAAGUUCCCACUGAGAGAAGCCAAUAAAGUGUUGACAGACAAGAUUCAUCAGUUUGGAUUAUCUGCAUCCCCCGGGUCUCUUGCCUCCAUUCAUGUCAUCAUUAAAUCCAACUACCCUGACUCUGAAGAGACACCUCAGCUUGAACAUGAACCAGGGAGGUCAAGUGAUCUUCAGAUCCUUCACUACUGACCUUGAUGAAAUUUCCAUGAUUGUGGGAGGUGGUGGUAAACUACAGCUGGUGUUUGGUGACAU